AUGGAUGAACUCCACCCCCUUUGUCACCCACUCCUAAUCCUCUCUUUCCCGCAAUUGUUGAAGAAGCUACAACCGGCCAGGGAAAAAGUUGCAUCCACACUCGGAGGUGUUGGAACCAGCCAGGGAAAAAGCUACGACCACUUCAAUCGGAGGACGACCAGAUUUUUCUGCUGGGUUCUUUCUUUUGUGUUGGAAAUGGUGGUGCAUGCCUAUGGCGAUGAGCGAGGGGAGGCUGUUGCAACCAUGGCGGUCGUGUGCUCGAACGGGCCGGUGAGAGAGUUGCAAAUCGUCAAUGGAAGGGAGUUUGGGACCCAGAGGAGGUCAUGCCGUAAUCCCGGUGGCUGUGUGGCGAGCGGCGGCAAGCUGGUUGUGCCGCCAUGGCUCGCGACGGAGCUGCAGUAG